CUACACCUGUCUCUCUUCUUUCACUUGCGCCCGCCAGCACCAUGAAGCGCUCUCGCGACACGAAGGCCUCACCCGCCGAAGAAAGCGUCGCGAGUUCAUCACGUUCGCGCUCAAAACGCUCCAAAGUCCAGGCGUGCUCCUCGUGUCGCAGGCAUAAAACGCGCUGCGAAGUUCUUGAUUUGGAACGAAGCGUCGUGCGAUGUCAUCGAUGCAAUGUUUUAAAAAUCGAGUGCUCUUAUGAGGGCAUGGAUAAAUCUGUUUUCGCUCCAGAAUCUUCGACCUGCGAAAUCUUCGCCGGGAUCCAGUGCAGAGGGCCCGACUUUACAGUCGGCAUACGAUUUAGGAGUGGGCAGUAGACUUAUUAAUAGCGGAACUAGCUCUGGCAGUCCUAGCACUAUGUCCGAAUCGCCUCGUGGUCCAGGAAGCGACGCAAACAACGAGUUUCCGCGCCCUGACAAUAUGUGGUUUUUUGUACCUUACCGUCUUGACUGGUCGGCGCCUUUGGUUGCAAUACAGGAGUUAGCAAAGCAGCCUCCGCAAGACCAGUUCCAUGCACCCGUGAUGAAUGACCAAUCAAUAUCCAAUAUUCUCUCUCCAGUAGAAAUUGAUCAUCUCAUCACUUUAUUUUCUGUUAAUUACACACCUUGGCUAAACUUCACGUUAGCUCGAGAAGGUCCAACACCAUUCCUCGAUCUUGUCCGUUGCACAGUGGCAUCGCGUUACCUUGAUGCUUCUACACGAGCCCUGGUAGCGCCACGACUUCAAAGAUUGACCGAAGAUACCAUCGCCCGUAUGAUUUUCAAUCCCGAAUUGUUUGAGUCUCAAGAGACUAUAAAGGGUCUCAUUAUUCUGUCGUUGUGGACGCCUAUAUGUGGCCCGUCGAAAGGCGGUGGCCGGGAUGGUCGGAUGUUGAUUAGUAUGGCUGUCAGCAUGGCUUUGAAUCUUGGAUUGAAUGAAGCAUCUGCAACGGCAAUCAGCAUCCGAGAUAAAGUACCAUACGACCAAGCGGCGCUGGAUGAAGCCACAAACAAGGCGAGACUAUGGAUCACCCUCUCGACUACUGAAUCUAUGCUAUGUAUUGGCUCACGACGUGCACCUCUGUCUCGUCGUUCACCCUCUGACAUGUCAAUAUUCCGCAUAAUAUCACCCUCGAAUCCAUCAGAAGGGCGCGACUUACGAAUACGACUACUCGCAGGAAAUCUACAAUGCUGCCGAACAAGGAAUGGCGCGAUGGAUAGGCUCUCUAGAUUGAUUCUACCGCUCUCGGUGGUCCUAAGUCACGAGCAAUUCUACUAUCAUAUGCUUCUCCUCCUCCUCCAAGGUGUUCGACUGUUGGUCCUGUACCAUGCUAUCCACCUAGCGCGUACUGCCGUCCGCAAUGCUGACGGUGAGACCAACAUGUUCUGGUUUUUAGAGGGAGAGGCUGUUCUUGUGUCGGUGCUGCAAGCUGAGAAGACAUUGCUUCCCUACAACACCGGACAUCACGUUCAUGACGAUGGCAGCUUCUUGGCUCGGGUGACUGCGUUGCUCGAGCAGAGUGUCCGACUCCUCUCGCAAGUGGCCUUUUCGCCGGACCAUGUUGCUCACCGGUGUUCAGCGUUGAUGGAUGCGUUUCAUGCCUCGUGGAUAAAGAGGCAAAAAAGCGAGCUUAACUAUAUGGGCCCCGUUGUCAGCAUUUCAGUCUGGCACGAACUUCCCUACUUCGGGCGCAGGGAACGGGGGAGGAUGAGGCAUGAGAAUCCGGAUCCGGAUCCUGCAAUGUUUCAGGAUAUUCAGUUUUGGUCUACUUUAUUCGGCGGACAGUCGGGUGCGGACUCGACGGCUUACCCUCAGAGUAACAUGCGCGAGACAUAUAACUAG